AUGUUGUUGAAAUGCUCUGCUUUUAUCGUUCUCGAAAGUGUGGGCGCAGCUUCACCUAAUGAGGCGAUGAACGUCAAGCAGCCAGAGACCGAAACUGGCGUCACAAAUGCGAGCAACUCGGCAGCCACUGAGGUAGUUCUCUCCUCUUUUGUGCUGCUGCAUUUGUCGAGAAUUUUGUAA